AUGAAGCUCUUUGCGUUAUUCUGGCUCUUGCCAGUUGCUAUGGCUUCAACUAGAGGACAUCAACCGCCGGUCAUACCCACCAUUGAAGGACCAAUCACAGGCGGCACUCAUGGACACCCCUUCUCUGCCUGGGUUGGCAAUAUCUCAGACAUUGGCUAUGUGGAGGAAGAGUACUUUAUUAGUGGUCAAGCAUUACGCUACAACGUAACUGGAAAUCUUACUAUCGAUGGGAAUUGGACUCUGGUCCCAAUCGACCCCGCCAAUUACAAGACGCGCAUUCUCGUUCGCCGACCUGCCAAAGAGUCCGACUUCAACGGUGAUGCCAUUCUUGAGUGGAUCAACGUCUCUGCAGGCUACGAUCUCAUGAUAUCUGACGGCCCUGGAGUGUACGACGCCGGUUACGCCUUUGUCGGUGUUUCUGCUCAAAUAGUGGGAAUCGUUGGCUACCAGAAUGUCACUGGAAUGGCGCCUCUGGGACUGACUGAAUGGGACCCGGAGCGCUAUGGCAGUUUAAACGUACCUGAUGACAGAUAUUCGUACGACAUUUACACGCAGGCAGCAAACCUACUCAAGUCGGGCCUGAUUCCUGGCUUGAAAGCCAAGCAUGUUAUUGGCACGGGCGAAUCACAGUCUGGUAUCCGACUGAACGCUUACGCCAACGGCGUCCAACCCAUUAGCAGCGCCUUUGAUGUUCUCAUCCCUGUUAUUUCUUUCGGCCAAGCUUCUGACUUCAGCCGACUGAUUGGUGCCCCAUACACCGGCACCACUGCCUUGGCACCAGCAGUGCCAACGCGCAUCCGCACAGAUCUGAAGAUACCUGUUCAUCAGAUCAACACGGAAUCGGAGGCUCUGUAUGUGUAUGUGCAAGGAUGUCGCCAGCCAGACACGACCUUGUACCGGUACUGGGAAAACACUGGUGGAGCCCACGCAAAUCUGCUGGUAUUACAAAGGACCGCAGCCUUAGCGAUAUCAGAUCAGCUCCCGAACACAAUUCCAGUCAACUCCGCCACGGCAGAUCCUGUCAGCUGGCUGCCACCACUGGAUGCCGCCUAUCGACACGCGUCUCGUUGGAUCCGCACAGGAAUUCCACCUCCAAAGUUCCCGCUAAUGGAGAUUGGACCUUCAGCAUCCAUGCCGCUUGGAGUUGAUUACAUCCGUGACAGCUAUAACAACACCAAGGGCGGUGCUCGACAGCCAGAGAUCACGGUGCCAAUUGCCGCUUAUAACGGAACAUUCAUAGGUGUGAGAACCAACUUCUCUGAUGCAACACUCAAGAGCUUGUACCCCACGAAUAAGGACUACGUGACGAAAAUGAAAGUCGCUUCAAGUGCGGCUGUGAAGAAAGGGCUGAUCUUGGGUUACCAAGCAACUAAUCUCGUGAAUGCUGCAAUUAAUGCCAAUGUACCCCCUUCUUAG